AUGGCGCUCAUCGUUGAGAAGACAACCUCCGGCCGCGAGUACAAGGUCAAGGACAUGUCCCAGGCUGAUUUCGGUCGCCUCGAGAUCGAACUCGCGGAGGUUGAAAUGCCUGGACUCAUGUCCUGCCGCUCCGAGUUCGGGCCCUCGCAGCCGUUCAAGGGCGCCAAGAUCACCGGCAGCCUCCACAUGACUAUCCAGACCGCCGUCCUCAUCGAAACCCUCACCGCCCUGGGCGCCGAGGUCAGAUGGUGCUCCUGCAACAUCUUCUCCACCCAGGACCACGCUGCCGCCGCCAUCGCGCGCGACAGCGCCGCCGUGUUCGCCUGGAAGGGGGAGACCUUGCAGGAAUACUGGUGGUGCACCGAGCGGGCACUGGACUGGGGGCCGGACGGAGGGCCCGACUUGAUCGUUGACGACGGCGGUGACGCCACGCUGUUGAUCCAUGAGGGCGUGAAAGCUGAGGAGGAGUAUGCCAAGUCCGGAAAGCUGCCCGAUCCGACCUCCACUGACAACGCUGAGUUUCAGAUCGUGUUGACCAUUAUCAAAGAUGGGCUGAAGUCUGAUCCAAAGAGGUAUACAAAGAUGAAGGAGAGAUUGGUUGGUGUUUCUGAGGAGACAACCACGGGAGUUAAGAGGCUGUACCAGAUGCAGGCUAAUGGCACACUGCUUUUCCCUGCUAUUAACGUGAAUGACUCUGUCACCAAGAGCAAGUUUGACAACCUUUACGGGUGCCGCCACUCUCUGCCAGACGGACUCAUGAGGGCCACCGACGUAAUGAUUGCCGGAAAGGUUGGCGUUGUGUGCGGUUAUGGUGAUGUCGGAAAGGGUUGCGCGGCGGCCUUGAAACAAGCAGGGGCCCGUGUGAUUGUGACAGAGAUCGACCCCAUUUGUGCCCUUCAGGCCCUCAUGGAAGGCUACCAAGUGCUGACCCUGGAAGACGUGGUCUCUGAAGCCGAUAUCUUUGUCACCACCACUGGCAACAAGGACAUCAUAAUGGUGGACCACAUGCGCAAGAUGAAGAACAAUGCCAUUGUCUGCAACAUUGGCCACUUUGACAACGAGAUCGACAUGCUCGGGCUCGAGACCUACCCUGGUGUGAAGAGAAUCACCAUCAAGCCACAAACAGACAGGUGGGUCUUUCCUGAGACCAACACAGGCAUCAUUGUACUUGCCGAGGGUCGUCUCAUGAACUUGGGUUGUGCCACUGGACAUCCUAGUUUUGUCAUGUCGUGCUCUUUUACCAAUCAGGUGAUUGCCCAGCUCGAGCUCUGGAAGGAGAGGAACAGCGGCAAGUAUGAGAAGAAGGUUUAUGUGUUGCCUAAGCACCUUGAUGAGAAGGUUGCUGCCCUCCACCUUGGGAAGCUCGGUGCUAAGCUUACUAAGCUUUCCAAGGAGCAGGCUGAUUACAUUAGUGUGCCAGUUGAGGGUCCUUACAAGCCUGCUCACUAUAGGGAAAGAAAAUAUGGAAUGGCCUCUGUUGAAGGCGAUUAUGUUUUGGUCGAUGUUUGA